AUGUCCCCAACUCCAUUACAAAUCAAGAUCAAUGCUUUAAAGAGACUUAUCAAGGAAGAGUCCUUGUACAAGCAAGAAGUGCAAGAGCAAGAAGAAUAUGUGAACCAAAUGAGAAGCAAUAAAGCAGACGAGUACGAAUUGAAGAAGCAAGUGGAAGUGUUAGAAGAAGCGAAGAGAAUGGUCCCAGAAGUUACCAAAAAGAUCUCUCAACAUAGAGAAGCCUUAAGGGUGUUUUUGGACACAUAUAAGGGUGAAGAGGAUGUGGCAGCUGCCAAAGAGUUGUUAGCUUGA